UCACUCAGUGCUGCCGGAUUUUCGAAAUUAUGUAGUAGUUUGUAAACAAACUAAAGUUAAAAUUAAUUUUAUUUAAUUAAAUUCACCGAAACAAUGCGAAUUAGCCGCCACUUUUCGCAAUUGUGGGAGAAGCGCAACCCCACUGCCGGCCACCUAGGUACUUAUUUCUUCUUUGCGCUGCUGCGUUUAGUCCUGGUGUUUGUGCCCCAGUUGGGCUAUAUACAUCCAGAUGAGUUUUUCCAGAGUGUCGAGGUGAUGACGGGUGAUCACUUCCGUUUGGAGCACACGCGCACCUGGGAGUUCAAUAACUCAAUGCCGGUGCGUAGCAUCACGUUGCCCUGGAUGCUGAUGCGUGUGCCGUGGAGCUUCUACGAGUUCUUGGCAUUGUACGUGCGUGACUGGUGGCAGGUGGAGCUGAUUAAUAGCUAUGCGUUUUUGGUAUUUCCCCGCCUCAUCUACACGCUCAUCUCGUAUAGCAACGAUUGGUGUUUGUAUCGCAUUUGCCGACUCUACGGGCUGCGUCAUGAGAUCCGGUUGCUGGCGCUGGGCAGCAGUUGGGUGCUGCUGGUGUUCGGCACACGCACUUUUUCCAACACUCUUGAGCUGGCCAUGUGCUCCUGGCUGCUCUGUCUGGUGGCCGAGUGCAUGUUAAAGACAAACACCAUCGUCUACAAGAAGGAGUACCUCGAGGAGAAGUACGACAAGGCAGCGUCGAUCAGUGAGCGUGUCAAGAUCUGGAAGUUGAAGAACUCGCUACCCGCACACAAUCUGCAGCAUCUGUUCGCUAUGUCCAGCAUCUGUGUGGCUGGCGUCUUCAAUCGUCCCACUUUCCUGCUCUUCGGAGCGCCGAUGGUCUUCUUCUGGCUGCUGCGCGGCAUGGGAACGCGCAGCGUCAGCUUUCGGGACUUUAAUCUGCGCAUUGGACUCUUCUGCCUGUGCGCCCUGCCGGCUCUGCUGCUGUUCAUCUUCUGCGACUCGCUCUACUAUAAGCACCUGACCGUGGGCGAGCUGCACAUGCUGCAGGUGGGCAUCGACAAUUUCGUAUUCACGCCGUGGAACUUCAUCAAGUACAACCUGGACCCGUCGCACACGGCCACGCACGGCGUGCAUCCGUGCUAUGUCCAUUUGCUGGUCAAUGUGCCGAUGCUCUUCAAUAUACUCGGACUCACUGCUCUGGUGGCCUUUGCCCAGCUGCUGCUGCGCUUUUUCUGUGCCGAGUAUCAGCUUCUGCCGCGCUUCCAGAGCAUUGUGUCGCUGAUGUCGGGUGCGAUAUUUGUGCCGCUCUUCUUCCUCUCGCUCAUCAAUCAUCAGGAGCCGCGCUUUUUGCUGCCGCUGACAUUUCCACUGCUGCUGCUGCAUGCGCCGAAGCUCAUCACCGGAUUCAGUGCCACAUAUCCGUUCCAGACGCAGCAUCCGAUGCUGCGCUGGCUCUACGAUAAUGUCCUCUGUAGCCGAGCCUCGGCGCCGCAUCUGCUGCGCAUUUGGUAUGUGUGCAAUGUGGUGUUCACGGUCUUCUUUGGAUUCAUACAUCAGGCGGGCAUCUUUCCGCUGGCCCAGCGCAUGGCGCAUGUGGUGGCCACAAAGCCGAUGGCCACCCAUGUCCAUCUGCUUACCUCGCACACGUACAGCCUGCCGCUGCAUCUGGUCAAUGUUCCAAGCUCCAGGGAGCUGCACUUCAAUCCACAGACACAUCAACGCUAUCGACGCCCGCGCGACUUCUAUCUGUAUGAAUACGGCGGCCUGCCAAUGAAGAGCCUUCUGGACAAGGUGAAGCUCAUUGCGGGCAACUGCGAACUGAAGCGCAACGGCGCCACGCGACUGCGCUACAAGAUGUACCUGGCCAUACCGGCGCCGCUCAGCGACGAACUGCACGAGGCGCUGCAGCGCUCCAAUGCCAGCAGCUAUCUGCAUUUCGAGCUGCUCUCCGUACUCUAUCCGCAUCUGUCCACGGAGGCGUUUCCCCGUCUGCGGGGCCGACAUCCCUGCGAUGUGGAUGCGCCACAUUGGUCGCACGAUGAUCUGCGCGGCACCUGCGACGUGGAGCAGCCUCCCACGCUAAGCUUCGCCUACCUCAGCCGUCAGUUCAGCUCGUUUGUGCAUCAGUUUGGACUGGCGCUCUACGAGAUCGAUGUGCGGCGCAAGCAGACGCGGGCACUCACGCACACAAUCGAUGUGAACACGACGCCUCUACCCGAGUCCACGGCGUAAUUGUGGGCAGGGGGCGUGGCCAUGCCAUAACUGUCGCAUGAGUGUCUUAAACCAAAGCAUAAGCUAAGCAUUCAACUAAAUUCUUGUUGGCAUCAACUAUUUGUAACUC